AUGGAUCACUCCGGCAAUGGUGGAUCCACUGGUUAUGCUCCUAUUGCCAGUCUACCCCCAAAUUCAAUGAAUCAGCCCCAUUUCCAGCCCGCUUAUAAUCCUCAAACAUCUUCGGCCGCCCAUCAAAGAAUGUUUGGGCAGAUGCAAAUCAAUCUGCCUCCUCUGCAGACUUACCAACAAAACUAUUCGAGUAAUGGGCAUCAAUUUGUAACACCUCAAGCGCCCCCGGCAAGACGAGAGAGGACUAAAUUUGACUCUUUCUUAACACAAGCCAGUAAUUCAGUAGUUAGACGGCUUGGAUGGAAACAGGGUAUGCAUAAGUUGAACUCGGAUUGAGUCUGUUAGAAGGUGGUUUUAUAAGCAGUAUGGUUACAGGUGACGAAGAAGAGAGCUGGUCCAAGAAAGCCAUCGACAGUCUAGUCAAGAAGUUGCAAAAACACAACAAAGAAGCGCUUGAUAUGCUGGACAAAGCGCUGAAAACUGAGGGCCGUGAGCCCAGUGACUGUGUCACCAUUCCCCGUUCCCUAGAUGGACGCCUUCAAAUCUCUCAUCGAAAAGCUUUACCCCAUGUUAUUUAUUGUCGUGUAUACAGAUGGCCCGAUCUUCAGUCGCAUCAUGAGCUCAAGGCUAUUGAGGUAAAGCAGUUAAUUGUUUGAGUAAAUGUACCAUAACUCUUCUAAUGUUCUGAAAAUAUUUCCAGUCGUGUCGUUUUUGUUUUGAAAGUGGCCAAAAGGAAAUUUGCAUAAAUCCUUAUCAUUACGAGCGCGUAGACUCGGCAUGUGUGCUCCCGCCGGUGCUGGUACCCCGGUACAGCGAGCCUCCUCCAAUGGACACGCAAUUACAGCCUGUUCAGCAGUUUGGAAGUGAGUUUUCCUUAUUCCCGGCUUUUCUUUAACUUUUGUCCACUUUGCUGUAAGUCAAACAAUUCUUAAAUUACUUCAUUUCUCAUUCUCCAGACUUACCCUGUAACGUAGACAUGUCCAAUGGCAACAAACUACAACUCCCCUCAACUCCCCAUCAACACAACCCUUCGUUCGGCCCAUUUACCUCUCAAAAUGGCCAUAAUGAGAACAAUUGUGAACAGAAUUACCAACAGAAUGUCAUCAACCGAGUCCCUGUGCCAUUUAUGCCGUGCAAACAUUGGGCGACGAUCAGUUAUUACGAGUUGAAUAAUCGCGUUGGAGAGCAAAUUAGAGUCUCCUCGAAUACAAUUUAUAUCGAUGGAUUCACCGAUCCAAACACGCAGGAUAAAAUAUCACUUGGCCUGUUCUCAAAUGUCAAUCGGUAAGCGUUGUUUGUGAUAUUUUACGUUGUUUUAGAUGGCAGCGAAUUAUUAAAAUUCUGAUUUUUAGAAACACAACAAUCGAAAAUACCCGGAGACAUAUUGGAAAAGGUGUAAAAUUAACAUAUGUGCCAUAUCAAGGAACUCUGUAUGCAGAAUGUCUCAGCGAGAGCGCCGUUUUCAUCCAAUCCCGGAACUGUAAUUACAUCAACAACUUUCAUCCAACUACUGUCGUCAAAAUUACUACAGGUUAUUCGCUAAAAAUCUUCGACACCGGGAAGUUUGGGGAGGUAAGAAAGUUAGCGCAGCAAUUUUUAGGAUUAUUAAAGCAGGAAGAGUUGUAGUAUAUAUAAUACAGUUCUCAGAACGGUCUAACAGACAUAACGAAAAUGUUUUCAGCUGCUAAAUCAAUGCGUAAACAUGGGCUUUAACAGCAGCUACGAGCUGACCAAGAUGACCCUGAUCAGAAUGUCAUUUGUUAAAGGAUGGGGAGCUGAAUAUCAACGGCAAGAUGUCACCUCAACCCCCUGUUGGAUUGAAAUUCAUCUUCACGCUCCUUUAAUCGUAAGAUAAUAUCCUGCAUUUUAUAUUCAGACUCUGCAGUUAUUAAUAAUAAUAUUUUCAGUGGCUGGACCGUGCAUUGGCCAAGCUAGGCCCUUCUCCCGACCCCAUCUCUUCGAUUAGCUGA